AUGCGUUUCUUGUUGUAUUUUGUUAUGUUUCAAUGUGUUAUUAGCUACAGGAGGAAAAGUAUCAAGAAACCUACAGUAUCGAAGAGAUUUGUGUCAACUGUAGUUCAAAGUCAACCACCAUGCUGUUCUGAUAUUAUAGGAACGUUGGCAUGUCGGAGGCUACGAAAGAACAAUUUCAUGUUGUUUAUGAGGAGAUGUAGCGAUGAUGUUGACUUUAGUUUGUUGCAGUGUUGUUCAACUUGUGGUUUGGGGCAGGCUGGGGAGAGACACAUCAAGUUCUUCCGGGAGGUAAGUCAACUUCUUUAAUAAAUUACAUUACUUGUUGUGUUUUGUGUAUGCUUACACCUUCAUUUACUGACGUGCGUGUUUCUACAGGUCUUGUGAAAUGUGAACUUGUUAUAAAGUUAGUUUACCCAGGUAUCUUUAGGGCAUUCAUUCUCGCGACUGUUUCGAUCGUCACGGUCGAGAGUUUUGCGAAGCGUUUGUGAUGAAGAAGGAGUUUUGGUCUCCUUCGAACUGGACUUGUUCUCAUCCAGAAACAGCUCAUCUCGGCUUCAGAGUUUGUCGUAAGAGUUGUGGGUACUGUAGGAAGGACUUGUACGCUGAUGACCGUCAACCGGUCUCCAAGUCUCCGUUACCGUUAAUGUGCGAGAAGAGGCAUAAUCGAUGGAAAUAACUUAAUUUACAAUUUUAAAAUAAAAAAGAUUGGUUAAAUAAAUUAUUUUACAAAGUAUAGUAUACCUUGUAAGGUCGGCUGUCACAAAUAGUAUAAACGUCGUAUCCGGCUAAACGUAAAGUGGUUACAACGCAAUACAAGAGUUUACUGCGAAAAGCUCUCAAAGCAGCCAAAAGUGCUUAUUUCGGGGUUCUUCUAUUCAAAAAUGACAUGUUCAGAGGGUUGUGGAUGUUGCUGUUAGUUGCUGAUCCGGUACGAGCCUGGCUAGUUCCGGGCUCCGGCCAGGCGCAGCGCAUGCCGUGCUGUAAAGAAAGUAUUGGCGUGAAUGCGUGUGUGGAGCUGCGGUCGCGUCGACCUUAUGAGUUCCAGACUAGGUGUCGGACGGACGCAGACUUUGCUUUUCUACAGUGCUGCAAGACCUGCAGAACAGACAUUGCUGUAAGUAGUUUAGCUGUUAUACCUAUUGGGCUUUGAAUAUUUAAUAUAUUUGGAUUUAUCAAUUGUCUCAGACGUCUUUAUUGAAUUCGACGUCACGUAUAUUAACAGUGUAAUUAAAUGUUCAGGCUUUGGGAAGGGAAUUGUUUGCUCACGGCCCCAGCAGUCGCCAUUGUUUUGACAGACACAACCAUCGUUUCUGCACUCAGUUUGUGAGAAAAGUAAGUCUCGAAACAUGAAACAAAGUGUGCCUUUAGAGUGGAAUGUGGGCUGGCGCGACCGGCCAUCACAACGGUUGUAACGGGGAGAGUGCCGCGCUAGCCUUCCGGGUGUGUCGCCGAUCCUGCGGCUACUGUCGACCGGACCUGUACAAAGAAGAGGAAGAGGACGUCAAGAAAUGCGACAUUUUCAAGCCGGGAAAGGGCGUCUCGACGACGACAUUGGAGCCCGUGUUUCGUAUAGUAAUAGAGCCAGACAAAUAA